CAACUGCCUUUUCCUUCAUCCGCGUGAAAUUGGAGGACCACCUAACACUAGCGAUCAUAUUUAUUGAUAAAGUGGUGAAAUAAAUCGUAGUAUUCAUACGUUGAGGUAGAGCACUUCCAAACUUCAAGUUACAAUUGGCGAAGGUGAGCGCCUUGUAGGCUGAUUUAAGAUGCAGCCACAGUGCCCGACAGGCAUAGAUCGGCACCUGGGCAAGCCUCAGGCGCGUAGCUCGUGUUUAAAAGUGGCUUUGCAGGCGACGACAUCAAAUCCAAGCAUCCCCUCUUGUUUCUAGCAAUCAUACUCUAAAGCCAUGAAUUUCGUUUCAAGAUACAAAAAACCACUUUUGAGUCACUUAGAAUGCCUUCAAAACGCGCAAAGCGGAUGCGACAACGGCGCAAGCAGCAGGCCAAGGAGACGCCGCCAUUGCCAGCACCAUCACCUUACCAAUAUAAGCGAUUAGCCAACGACUCAUCGAUCCGUGUAUUGGAGCUUCUCCCGUCGCUAGAUGGCGAAAUCAAUUGCUCGCUCACUACGGUGGACCUGGACGACAAUCCUACAUUCGGUGCAUUGUCCUACUCGUGGGCCAACCCGAUAACCAUCCGAGAGGAACCUAUUCCGGGAGGGCCAGUAGGCCAGAAGAUUCGGAACGAACUGAUCGCAAAACCUAUGCAUCUGUCUAAGGAUUCACCCGGUGUUCUGUAUUUCGAAGCAUCUAUGAUGUUCUUCCUCGCAGUCCAUAGUUCCCUACCUUACCUAGACCACGAACACGGGCGUGAUCGCUGCAAAAAGAUCAUGUGCGAUGGGCAAGAACUGAACGUCACAGAGACGCUUUUCUCCGCACUGUUGCAGCUUCGAAGGAUCGUGAUGAGCAAGCUGGAUGCCGAAUCAAAGGGCCUAACCUACCUUGAAACCCUACCCGUCUCCCGAUCGAAGUACAUCUGGAUCGAUGCGAUCUGCAUCAACCAAGAAGACAUCGACGAGAGAAACGCACAGGUCCCGUUGAUGAACCGCAUAUUUGCAUCCGCACAAUAUGUGUUUGCCUGGAUCGGGGAAAUGGACUCGCUCGGUGCGGCUGGCAUCAGCGCGAUCAUCAACCUGGAGAAUUCCCUAGCGAAGAAAGACGACUGGGAGAGGGACCCCGGAAGCGAAGACAUACCUCGGAAGCAGGGCGAGAGGAAGAUGGACAUGUAUGCAAUGACUGCGUUGCUAUUAAGGCUGUGGUUUCACAGAGCGUGGGUGGUGCAAGAGGCUGUCUAUGCUCGCCGGUUGUAUCUGUGGUCCGGAGGCAUUUUCAUCGAAUGGUGGAAUCUGGUCCACGCGAUUCGGGCUAUAGGGAAGGAAGGCGUUAUUUCAGAGAUGGCUGAGCUCAUGGCUGGGUUGAUAUCGCGAGGGCCGACCAGCCAACUCGCUAGGAAGCUCAGACUCUUCGAAGCCAUAUCCAAAGGAAAAGCCGUGGAAGCGCCAGAGAUAACAGAAGAGGAGAUUUUCGACAGAAUUGAAGCUGCUGUGUCGUUCGUAAAUGGCGUUGUCGAUAUCAAAGCUCGCCUCGGGCUGCCUACGUUCAAGUUUGUUCGCAAGGAGAAGGGUACUACUAGUCCUUUCAUGAUACCUCUCGAUCGCGAGGGACUAAUGAUAAACUAUUUGCGAAAGGAUCUGUCAGAGCCUUUUGCGAAUUCAACACCUGGCCAAGAUAGGGUCAGCGAAGCCGUGCGGAUUAAUGGGUCCUUUCUCAAUCAUGACCUCGAACCAGCAGACCCUGUGCCUCCGGAACCAAUCUCACUAUUCUCCCUCCUGACAAGAUUUCGAGAUGUCGGUGCAUCCGACCCGCGGGACAAAGUCUUUGCAUUCCUUCAUCUGGCGACUGAGAUCCCAGGCAUGAAGGCCAACUACAGAGCCAACACGCAAUACAUCCUCAAAGUAGCCACCAAGAUAAUCUUCGAAAUUGGCGAUCUGUCCAUCUUCUCACACGUCCAGGACCCCGCGGAUACCAAGAUCAAAGACCUGCCAAGUUGGGUUCCAGACUUGAGUGUACCUUUGAAACGAAAGCCGCUCAUACAAGACAAUAAAUCCUCGCCCUACUCCGCCUGUGGAUCGGCCAUGACGCAGCCGAAGUUCUAUCUCACCGCUGAAGAGCACGGCAAAACGUACGAGGUCCUCGUGCUCUGCGGGUAUCACGUCGACACUGUUGUCGACCUCGCAGAUGAGAAAGGUUGCUACUUCACGCGAGUCGCAGAGCUGGCGUUGCGAACGCCCAAGAUGUACUCUAAGAAGCUCGGAGGAGACUACACAUACAAGGGGAAUUUCCUCAUGCGAAUGUCCCAAGAUCGUGAUGCAGUGGAGCCCGGCACGAUGUCGCGCGUCGAAGCCCUGUGGCGCACGAUGAUCGCCGACGCCUAUUCAGAUAUCCAUCCCGCGCCGGUGUCCAUCGGAUUCGGGUUCUCGGACUGGGUGGCUGCUCAUAUACAUCAUUCGCUGCAUCUCAGCGGGCAGAUACAGAGUCUUAUCGACAAAGAGACGGACAAAACAGCUCUCAAGAAUUUGCGAGGGUUCCUAGACAGCCAAGAGCGGAAACGAAAGGUUUGGGGCAAGCUCCACGCCGACGAGAACGGCCUGUACAUCUGCCAUGAAUGUGCAAUGGAGUGCUUCAAUGAGAUAUCGCCGGACGACGAAUUCACGCAGCAGCUCAAGGAGAUGAAUCUGACGCCCACAAUGCAUCCUUCUCGUUACCUCCCCGAUGAAUUCCGCCAGUCUGCCCUCCUAUCUUGCAUGUACAUGGAGCUUAGCAAGAAGGAAAGGCCGAAAAAUUUCGCCUGUCCGGUCCUCACACCCGAGGAGAAGACCCGAAAACAGCAGUUCGAACGCCGCAUGCAGGAGGUGAAGAAGGGCCGGAGGAUGUUCCGUACCGAGAGGAACCUUCUGGGCAUGGGUCCUAAGUCCGUCCAGCCCGGGGACGAAAUUUGGGUGCUGUUCUCUGCAAAGGUGCCUUUUGUUGUUAGGCCGAUUGAUAAUGGGAAGGCGCCGAAGCGGGCUACGCUUGUCGGGGAGGCGUAUUUACAUGGGUAUAUGGAUGGGGAAGUACUGUCGGAGAAGCGGGAGAUACAGACAAUUGGACUGGUAUGAUUGCUGGAAAGGUAAGGUGGCAUGCGUGCGAUUAGCAAACGCACAUAAGUGGCACUUGUUACCUAGACAAGUCGACUCGAGAUAUCGAACAGGUACAGAGGGUUGACACGUCCAGUCGUCCACCUGCUAGUGUUAUGUAUACUUUAACCUUAAUCAGCUGCUUUAGAGCAAAUAAGAAGCUAUAGAUGCACGUAUUGUUCCUUGUAUCUGCUAAAAACACUAGCAGGCGGACGACCCGACGUGUCAACCCUCUGUAGUAUGGUAGACGGUGCUCUGCCUGUCUUCCUAUUGGAGCUUUAUGUUGCGGAGACGAGAAGCACCAAGCAAGAUAUCAGUCAUCCAAG